AUGUUUAAACUAGGGUGGAUUUGUACUGCAGGAGGUUAUUGGAGUGUAGAGUGUCUCAUCACUAUUUUCCAUAAAAUGCCUUAUUUUGCAAAACUCAUUUUAUUACUCUUUUGCUUUGUCCUUCUUGUGGAGAGCAGAAAGCACAGGAGGAGGAGGUGGACAGGUCAGCUGGAGGUGCAGAAGGCAAGCCACAUCUAUAAGAAGAAUCAUGACAUGACCAAAACUCGGAAAGGAAAAACGGAACAGCUCCUGAGAGUCGAUGACCACGAUUUCACCAUGAGGCCAGCUUUUGGAGGUCCUGCCAUUCCUGUUGGGGUAGAUGUACAGGUUGAAAGUUUGGACAGUAUUUCUGAGGUCGAUAUGGACUUUACUAUGACACUGUACUUAAGGCACUACUGGAAAGAUGAACGCCUCUCAUUUCCUAGCAUCACUAACAAGAGCAUGACCUUUGAUGGCAGGCUGGUGAAGAAGAUUUGGGUUCCAGAUGUCUUCUUUGUGCACUCCAAAAGAUCAUUCAUUCAUGACACAACCACUGACAACAUCAUGUUGCGAGUGUUCCCAGAUGGUCAUGUGCUAUAUAGUAUGAGGAUCACUGUGACAGCAAUGUGCAACAUGGACUUCAGUCGAUUUCCCCUGGACUCACAGACUUGUUCUCUGGAACUGGAAAGCUAUGCUUACACUGAUGAAGAUCUGAUGCUUUACUGGAAAAAUGGGAACGAAUCCCUGAAAACUGAUGAAAAGAUUUCCUUGUCUCAGUUUUUGAUACAAAAGUUUCAUACUACUUCCAGACUCGCUUUCUACAGUAGCACUGGAUGGUACAAUAGACUGUACAUAAAUUUCACUUUACACCGCCACAUCUUCUUCUUCUUGCUCCAAACCUAUUUCCCUGCCACUCUAAUGGUCAUGCUAUCGUGGGUGUCCUUCUGGAUUGAUCGCAGAGCUGUACCUGCUAGAGUGUCAUUAGGGAUAACCACAGUGCUGACCAUGUCAACAAUCAUCACUGGUGUAAACGCCUCCAUGCCUAGAGUUUCCUACAUCAAAGCUGUGGACAUUUACCUCUGGGUCAGUUUUGUGUUCGUCUUUCUCUCAGUGUUGGAAUACGCAGCAGUGAAUUACCUGACCACAGUGCAGGAACGGAAGGAAAGGAAGUUGCGAGAGAAGUUUCCAUGUACAUGUGGAAUACCUAAUACAAAAACCAUGAUGCUGGAUGGAACCUACAGUGAAUCUGAUGCCAACAGCCUAGCAGGAUACACAAGAAGCCAGAUAGUGAUUGAGGAAGAAAAACAAGACAAGAUAGUGGUUCAUUUGGCCAUGAACAAUGAAUCUAAUUCAUCAAGAAAGAGAGGGCUGAAAGGCCAUGUUGGCCUGCGCAUCAUCCAGAACACUCAUGCGAUUGAUAAAUACUCAAGAAUAAUAUUCCCAGGCACCUAUAUAUUUUUUAACUUGAUAUACUGGUCUGUCUUUUGCUAG